AUGGCAGCAAGAAGGGGAAGAGAUGGACGUGGUAGAGGCAACAUGGAAAAUUUGGAAAAUAAUCGAGAUGCUGAAAUUCAGGCACUUCGGAGACAAGUUGAGGAGCUGACCUUGCGUCUUGAGCAUCAGGAAGCCAGGAGUGAACGUGGUUCAAGCCGUGGUUAUGCUAGUGAUGACUCGGAGCAUGUGAAUCCUUUUGCUGAUAGAAACUUUAGAAAUUUCAUUGAGAAGAUUAACCGAAUAGCCGAUGUUAAGGUUGACAUACCAGAGUUUCAUGGUCGCUUGCAACCGGAGGGAUUUCUUGAUUGGCUCAGUGCUGUAGACAAAUUCUUUGAGUACAAAGACAUUCCAGAUGGGCAAAAAGUUAAGCUCGUUGCAACCCGACUUCGAGGAUACGCGUCUGCUUGGUGGGAUAAAACACAAGAGAUGAGAUUACGGAAAGGAAAGUCAAAAAUCAUUUCUUGGGAAAAGAUGAAGGCAAGAUUGCGGCAGAAUUUCCUUCCGGCGAAUUUUGCUCAAACUAUUUUUAUGCAAUUCAAUACUUUGCAGCAAGGCAACAAAAGCGUGACUGAUUAUACGGAAGAAUUUUACAGGUUGAUGGCAAGAAUUGACAAUCAGGAGUCGGAGGACCAGCUUGUUGCUCGAUACGUCAAUGGAUUGAAGGCAACCAUUAAAGAUGAAGUAGAAAUGCAACAGCUCUGGAAACUUAAUGAUGCUUAUCAGUUGGCAUUAAAGGUUGAAUCAAAAUUGUUACGGCGUGGAGCAAAGAAAUUUGCUGAUGUUCAAAGCUUCUAUCCUUCAAAGGAAUCAACCAGUAAAGGUCUUUCAAAGAAAAGUGGAAACAAAGAUGGGGCUUAUUCGACUUCAAAAAAUAAACCGAUCUCUUGUUUCAAGUGUGGCCAACCGGGCCAUUAUAUGAAUGAAUGUCCGAAGAGAAGGAGUGAUACUCGUGCUGGAGUUGUGGAAAAAGAAGAGGAGGAACCGCCAUUUGAAGAAGACAGCCCGAGAUAUGAUGACGAUGAGCAUGAUCGGGAAGAAAUUGAACCUGAAGAGGGAGAGUGUUUGGUGAUCCAAAAGGUUCUUGCAGCCCCUAAACAAGAUGAAAAUCGUCCUUGGCUAAGGCACAAUAUCUUUCGAACAAGAUGCAAGUCUCAUGGGAAGGUAUGCUCACUAGUCAUUGAUGGUGGCAGCUUCGAGAACUUUGUUUCACAGGAAAUGGUGGACAAGCUCAAGCUGACAACAAUACCACAUCCACAUCCAUAUUCUGUCUCAUGGAUCAAGAAGGACAAUGAGGUACGCAUUGACAAGAAAUGUCUUAUUUCUUUUUCUAUGGGAAAGAAUUAUCAUGACGAAGUAUGGUGUGACGUAACACCUAUGGAUGUUGGGCACAUACUUUUGGGUCGACCUUGGCAAUAUGAUAGAAGUGCUAUUCAUGACGGUAGAAAAAAUACUUACACAUUUGUGGUGGGUAAAACUGAAAUUGUCCUUUUACCGUGUAAAGAUAUUUGCAACUCUAAAUCCUUUACGAAGGAGGAGGAAAAUGCCUUACUCACUUUGCCAUAG